AUGGCGCGGGAGGACUUUCAUGCGUUGUUGGAGGGGGUUGUGUGGACGGAAUUCAUCCGAGAGGACAGAGGAAGAGAGGUUGUGGUUAGAGACGGAGUUAGGGGAGAGGGGAGCACCGGAUGGAAGCAGGCAAUAUCCUGCAGUGGUAUUGAUGCGCGCGUUUCCAACAAUUUCUGGCACCCAUCUUCUUCAACAUGGGGAAAUGGUCACACUGAUUCAUGGUUAGUCAUUCUUACCCAUGCUGUUGAACCCGAAGAUGUUCUGGCUAAUCUUCGUAGAGAUGGACCACGCUAUCCACAACCUACUAUCCCGAGGACAUUAUGCACGCUUCCAUGCUGCUAUUAUACCCAGUUAAAUGAAGAGUUGUUGCAAUGGCGGACUCAACAUCGCGGGGAGGCCGAUCCCCUGACACAGAUUCCUGACCAGCUCGUGGAUGACCUUGUUCGUGGCCGAUAUGUGGGCCAACCUCUGUGGUAUGGUCGUCUGCUUUCAAAUCCAAGUUCGGGACUGAACAUCCAGAAGUUCUGGUACGGUCUCUUGGAGGAGAUACUAGGGAUGGACUAUUCCACAUGUAGGAAUGGAUAUGAGUUUGCGACAGUCAGUCAUCUCACUGCUGGAUAUGGUGCUGGGUACUACUCGUUCGCCAAGGAUCCGUGGAAUAAGCAGACAUGGAAUGAGUAUCGGCAGAUUAUACUGGAGCCAGGAUCAAGCAAAAAGAACCUGCUGAGAUUGUUGGAAAACUCUCUCGGGCGUGCGUCAAACCCAGACGCCUUAGUUCAGGGGUGGCUGUGA